AUGCAACCGGAAUUAGCAGUAAAUGUAUUCUGGGAUUUAGAGAAUUGUGCGGUGCCCUCGCACAUGAAAGGAAUCUAUGUGGUGAAUGCUAUUCGAUCGUUUGCACUACAACGCGGUGUUCUCAAGAAUAUAUCGGCGUUUGCCAACCUCAAGUUGAUCAAAGACGAGUUGCGUGCCAAUCUCCAGGAGUGCGGUGUUCUACUACACGAUGUCUCAAGAAACAAGUCGAAUGCAUCGGAUAUCGCUAUCCUCGUGGAGAUACUGAAGCUGGUGAUCGAUAACAAACCGCCACAUUGCAUCGUGUUGAUCUCGGGUGAUCGUGACUUUAGCAACGUACUCAACACACUCACCUUUCGACGUUACCAAGUGUUCCUCAUUCACUCGACACACGCCUCUGAUGUACUGAAAUACUCUGCAACUGCGUCGUACGAGUGGAUAUCCUUACUAAAGGGAACAAUCAAAGCACCUACCUCCCCGAUUAUGUUACCAUCGUCAACAUCUCAACAACAACAACAACAACAGAAUAAUCAACAACAACAAAAUCAACAACAGCAGAAUCAACAAAAUCAACAAAAUCAACAACAACAACAACAGAAUCAACAAUAUAACAAUACAAAUUCUAACAAUAGUAAUAACAAUAACAAUGGCAACAGCAACAACAAUGGUAAUAAUAGUAACAAUAACAAUAACAACAAUUCAAAUUCCUCCACAUCUCAACAACAGCAACAAACAUAUAUUACUUUAAUCAUAAUAAUAAUAAUAACCAAAAUAAUAACAAUAACAAUCAAUUCUAUUCAAAUCAACAAAAUACAGCAACAGCAGCAACAACAGCAACAACAAAAUCAGCAACAGCAACAACAGCAACAACAGCAACAAAAUCAAAUUCAACAACAACAGCAGCAACAACAGCAGCAACAGCAACAGCAACAGCAACAACAACAACAACAACAAACAACAAAUCCAACAGCAGCAACAAUUACAUUAAAUAUAAAUCAAGAGGAGAUCGAAUCACAGGCGGUCGAUAUUGGUAGUGCUCUAUCGUCCGACCAACUCAACGAUACAUCGACAAUCUAUGAAGAUAGAGAACAGAGUGGUAAUAACUCGCCUACGAACCAUAUCAUUAGAAGUUUGAGUACGGAGAGAAUCACUGGACAAUUGGAUUUCGAAAGCUUGGGUGUCGACCAACUCAACGAGAUCGAUCUGCUUCCACAGACAUUGGUUGGCGAUGAGAAAAGAAGAUCAAACGAUAGUUUCUAUGAAUCGAAUUCUCCUCACAAUCAACAACAAUCUGUAAAUAUUGCAGGUUGUACUGAUAACAAUGGAUUGGAUGAUAGCGAUGAUUUCAGUGACGACGACAACGAUAACAACAAUAACAAUGAGAUGUACGAGGUUGACGACGAGGAGAGUUUAUCGUUUGAAUAUCAGCAGCAACAAGAUCAGUUGAUGAAUGACUUUAGUGUAGAUUCUUCGUUGCCCUACGACAGUCUAAUUGAGAACUAUCAACAACAAUCGAUUCAACAACAAGCUCAACAAAUUCAACAACAACAACAGCAGCAACAACAAUACCAGCAGCAACAACAACAGUUGAAAUCAAAGACACAAGCUGUUGUUGAGAAAGUACCACCAAAAGAUCCAUACCAAUCGGUUACUUUCAUCAAAUGUCCACAUCUCAACACAGUCAUCACUCGAUUCAUUCCACUCAUUGAACUCUUGGAAAAGAGUGAUAACAAAAGACUGGUAUUCUCAGAGAUUGGAAUUAAAAUGCAAUUCCUCAAACUCGGUUAUACCAAACUCAAUAACUACCUCUACGAUGCACAGGCUCUUGGAUUAAUCUCAAUCAAACAAAUUAGACAAAUAUAUUGGGCAUAUCCAAAGUAUAGUUAUGAGAAUAGAUCCUCUAUUGAUCUAUCAAAGAAUUUCCAAAAGAUUUAUUUACAUCUGUUGCAAACUCUCGAUAGUCUAAAGACCGACUAUUUUAGACCGACCGAGUCACAAAUACUGAAAAGAAUGAAAACAUUAGAGUUACCUUGCUAUAACUUUGAUGUAAUACUACUUCCUCUGGCUGUUUCACACUCACUUAUCAUUGAGGGUGAGAAACCGAAUCGACUUAUCUACCCGCCAACCGGUCGUUACGAAGGUAUCGAUCCAUCCAACCCAAAUCCAGACUACUUUUCACAACAUACAUGGAAGGUAUUUGAGGACUUUUUGAAAUCUGUUCAUCCAGUUUCUAAAAAUGGAAGAUACGGUUUUGCAUUGUUCUUAAAGGAAUCUGGUCCAUCUGAACUCAAAGAGAUGCCACUGGCGGUUAUUACUUCGAUGGUAGAACUCUCACUCAAGAAGAAGUUAUUAACUUAUAAAAAUUCAAAUAUAUGUAGCAAUGUUGAAGAACAACCAUCCAAUAAACACCAAAAUCAGAACACACAAUCAGGUGAAGAAAAGAGAACAGAAGAAAAGGAUUUAACCAAUGACAACAACAAUGAACUGGUAAACUCAAAGAAAUUUGAUGAAGAUACAGUACCGGUUUCUUUUACAUGGCCAUAUAGUGGACAUGUUAUUCAAUUGACAGGAUCAUUUUUCAUGUGGGACCAAAGAGUUUCGCUUACAGAUCAGCUGUCGAUUAAUACCUCUCCUCAACGCAGUUUGUUGGGAAUUGAAGAGAAGCGAGCGGAGAGCAGUGGUGUAAACGUCGGUGAUAGUAUAUUAUCGACUCUACUCCAUCUCGCUCCUGGCAGGUAUGAAUACAAGUUCAUUGUUGAUGGAAAUUGGGAAUAUGAUCCUCAAAAACCAGUUGUCACCGAUGAGCAUGGAAAUAUCAACAAUAUUUUAAUUGUAAAUCCAAAGAUACGAAAAGAUUAA